AUGGCUGGGAAAGACGCAAUGGAAGCUCGCGACGGAGCAGACAUUGCCAUGCACCCGCAGUUCCAAGUGAACUCCAUGGCGUCCACUAGCUCCACUCGCAGUGGAGGAGCCACGAGCUGCUCCACCACGUCGUCCACUGUGCCAAAGGCUUCACCUGACCGACGCCGUCUGAAGCGUCCGCACGUUCGUUCAUUGUCCAUUGCCAAUGACUCUGUGGCUCUUCCCCAUCAAAAGACCAAGAAACGGCUGCGGUGGUCCACGAUCACCGUCCACGAGUUUGGCGUCGGACUGGGCGGCAGCUCCGUGCCUGGCAAAGGCGGUCCCUCCAUUGGAUUGAGCGACAAGCCCGAGUUCACGUGGACGACCGAGGUGGGGCAAAUGGCCGAGCGCGUGGAGGGCGUGCACCGCUUCACACCCACCGAGCGCGUGCAGUUGCUCCAGAGCGCGGGUGUGAGCGAGGGCAUGAUCCUGCGCUUCUCGCGCGAAGCAAACAUCAUCAACUGCUCGCGUCGGAGGACGCUUGUGGAGGACAUUGCCGAGCGGAAAGAAGCCAAGAGACAGCAGCGGCGGCAGGCUCCUCCAUCCUCUCGUCCCUGUGUCUCCCCGUUCGUCCACCGGCCACACAUGAUCCCUGUGGACUACGUAUAA